AUGGGGCCCCACAUCCGUCGUGUGGACCUACAGCUAACGUGGGGACCCACAACUGUCGUGGGGGCUCACAAUCCUCUUGGUGUUCAUUAUGGUGGAGAUAGGCAAGAACUAACAGCUCGCCGUGCCCCCCACAGAGGCUACGUGGUCACCACGCCCAAGCAGUGGGUGGCAGGAACAACCGCCCAGCUGUGUGUGGUCGUGGACGACCCGUCAGCUCCAGCUGGGAAACUGACGGUAGCAGUCACCGCCUACGACUACCAGCAGCUGCCUGAGAAGCGGAACAUUAACAUCAUUCCCCAGACCACUCUAGACAUUCCAGCAGGAAGGACAGGUUCGUGCUACGACGUGUCGGUGCCGAGUUCCUCGGUGUACACCCACUCACUACACGUGGCGGGCGUGGUGGGCGGCGCCAAGCUCACCCGCACCGUUUCUCUCACCCUCAAGAGCACCAGCGACAUCACCUUCGUCCAGACGGACAAGUACCUGUACGAGCCCAGCCAGAAUGUCAAGUUCAGGAUCCUCACUCUCACCGGACCUUACCUCAGCGUCUCUACUGACCCGUACCCGGAGGUCUGGGUGCAGACGCCGGCCGGCACCCGCGUCGCCCAGUGGAAGAACGUCGACAACACCGCCGGCCUCGUCCACCUCGACUUCGACCUCGCUGACGAGCCCGAGAAGGGAUUGUACACGCUGUUCGUGAAGACGCCCCGGGGCCAACAACAGAGUGUGACCUACAAGGUGGAGGAGUUCGUGCUGCCUCGCUACGAGGUGGUGCUCAAGCCUCCCGCCUACAUCCUGGGCACUGACGAAGCCUUCACCUUCACCGUGUGCGCCAACUACACCUUCGGACAACCGGUUAAGGGCAACCUGUCACUGACUCUGGACAACACCCAGAGAAGGAAGUGCAAGUUGGACGUCACCAACAACGUUACGAUCUCCGGGUGUAAGGAAGUGGAGGUGCAGGCAUCGGAGCUGAGGAUCAUUCACUGCAACGUGUACAGUUUCAAGGCAUCGGCCAUCGUCACUGAGGAAGGUACUGGAGUAGGAAUUAAAAAGGACGCCUCAGUCUCCAUCACCCGCAACGCCGUGACCUUCAAAACUAUCUACAAAGACGCUUACAUGAAGCCGAACCUUCCUUACUCCCUCAAGGUGAGGGCUGAGAAGCCAGACGGCACUCCGGCAGGUGGUGUCCCCAUGGAGGUGUGUGCAGCUGGUCGCUGCACCAACAUGACCAUAGCACCAGAUGGUCUCUUCACAACAGUCUUGCCAGUCUACAACACCAACAGAGUUAACAAGAAAAGUCUGGAAAGGACCCUGAGUGUGAACAGCUUGCAGGCCGAGCUCAACGCCAAUACUGCUAUCAAUGUGUUGGUGUGGUAUACCCGUCAAGAUGGGGAGGUUGUGGCGGACUCGAGGGAGCUGGAGGUGGACAAGUGCCUCAGUAACACCGUAAACCUCACUUGGUCAGCUUCUCGCGUACAACCUGGGGAACAAGCCUCUCUGUCCCUCUCCUCAGAGCCAGACUCUGUGUGUAGCCUGGGAGUGGUAGACAGAAGCACAGAGCUGCUGGCAGUAAACCCUGACCCCAUUUCCCUGGAAGCAGUGUUCAACUUUGCUGGAAGUUUUGAUGUGGGACGAUGGCUCGGCUCUCAGAUCGACGACUAUAAAUACUGUGAAAGAAAGAGGAGAGAAAGGAUAGCGAGUGCGAAACCUGAAAGCUCUAAUAUAGAAUUUGCAACAAUAGACCCAGAAAGAUAUCACUACUAUAGUGAAUACGUCGACGCUCUCCACAUGUUUGACUACUCUGGUUUGUUCGUCUUCAGCGACUUGACACUAGAGACGAGACCGUGUGAGGAAGAGCGUCGUCACUAUUCAGAGGAUGUGUACCUAGCGAGUGGUGGACCUGUGGGUGGUUUUAUUGGCUUCCUCGCUGGUGAUAUUGUGCCCGCCGCCGCCCGGCCCCAGUCACCCUCGCCGGCCUUCGCCACAGACAGCGCCAGUAAGGAAGGCAGCGAACAACAGCCAGAUGUUCCUAGGACGAAUUUUCCGGAGACUUGGCUCUGGGACAUCAUCGUUGUCCCUGUCACGCAUUCAUGCACUGUUUAUUGGUGGGUGGAGGGGCUGGGUGUCGACGUGUCGUGUUGCAUGUGGUUAUUGUCAGGCGUGAGCACCCAGCAGGUGACUGUACCGGACACCAUCACACAGUGGGUGGGCAAGGCCGUGUGUGCCCACCCACAGAAGGGCGUAGGACUCUCCCAGAGGAAGUCCAUCACCACCUUCACA